AAUAAUAAUAAUAAUAAUAAUAAUAAUAAUAAUAAUAAUAAUAAUAAUAAUAAUAAUAAUAAUAAUAAUAAUAAUAAUAAUAAUAAUAAUAAUAAUAAUAAUAAUAAUAAUAAUAAUAAUAAUAAUAAUAAUAAUAAUAAUAAUAAUAAUAAUAAUAAUAAUAAUAAUAAUAAUAAUAAUAAUAAUAAUAAUAAUAAUAAUAAUAAUAAUAAUAAUAAUAAUAAUAAUAAUAAUAAUAAUAAUAAUAAUAAUAAUAAUAAUAAUAAUAAUAAUAAUAAUAAUAAUAAUAAUAAUAAUAAUAAUAAUAAUAAUAAUAAUAAUAAUAAUAAUAAUAAUAAUAAUAAUAAUAAUAAUAAUAAUAAUAAUAAUAAUAAUAAUAAUAAUAAUAAUAAUAAUAAUAAUAAUAAUAAUAAUAAUAAUAAUAAUAAUAAUAAUAAUAAUAAUAAUAAUAACAAUAAUAAUAAUAAUAAUAAUAAUAAUAAUAGUAAUAAUAAUAAUAAUAAUAAUAAUAAUAAUAAUAAUAAUAAUAAUAAUAAUAAUAAUAAUAAUAAUAAUAAUAAUAAUAAUAAUAAUAAUAAUAAUAAUAAUAAUAAUAAUAAUAAUAAUAAUAAUAAUAAUAAUAAUAAUAAUAAUAAUAAUAAUAAUAAUAAUAAUAAUAAUAAUAAUAAUAAUAAUAAUAAUAAUAAUAAUAAUAAUAAUAAUAAUAAUAAUAAUAAUAAUAAUAAUAAUAAUAAUAAUAAUAAUAAUAAUAAUAAUAAUAAUAAUAAUAAUAAUAAUAAUAAUAAUAAUAAUAAUAAUAAUAAUAAUAAUAAUAAUAAUAAUAAUAAUAAUAAUAAU